AUGGAGCUAGAAGCUCACGCGGAGCUCAGUGGAGGCGGUUCCGAUGAGGACGAUGACAUUGCCCGCUUCGAGCGGCAGUGCGCGAUGCGCGCUCAAGCUGAAGGCUACUUGCCGGAUGAGGCCGAAGCCAACUCCGAUGACGAGGACACUCGGCUGAGGCAGCAGCGGCUGGUAAACGGCAGCGGGCCGCCAGCCAAUGGUGGCGAGUGGCAGGAGAAGUGCGAACUUCUCCAGGACAAGCUUGCACGCCGUGAGGCGGAGCUGGCACAGGUGAAGAAUGACCUCGACAUGCUCCGUGGUGAGGGCCUUGGCCCAGAGGACCCGCAGAUUGCCCUGAAGCAGCGCCUGUUGGAUCUGACGAAGAAGAAUCGCCGGCUGCAGGUCACUGCUGAGGGCCAGAGAGUGCGGCUUCAGCAGCUGGAG